AUGAGUAAAAAACAUGACGCUAUCGAAGCUCAAUCAAAAGCGAUAAAGCAAAGUCGACGAAAUGAAUCAGCCGAAGAACGUGGUACACGUUUUGGCGAACAAAAUCUUGAUACAGAUGUUUAUCCACCAAGUUCAAGAGAUGGUUAUUUAUCGUAUUUACCCACCAAUAACGAUGAUGAUGAAGGCGAUGAUGUUCCUUUAUCUGUAAUAAAAAACACAAAAUUAAAGAAUUAUGGACCAUCACAAGAAAUCCUACAAAACAUUCCAGACAUAGAUAGAAAUUAUGAUCCAUUGGAAGAAUAUCGUAAACCACGUAUCAUUGAUCGAGAAAAUGAUUAUCAACGUAAAAAUCGUAUUGCACCGGGAAUGAUUUCUCCAGAAAGAUUGGAUUAUUUCGCUAACGGUGGUAAAACGCCCGAUGCCACAGGUCGUGGUUUUGCCACUAUUAUGGGUGAAGUAGCUAUACACAAUGCAAAGAUUGAUGUACGAAAUCAAAUUGCUGACAAAGCAAAAUCUGGCGAUUUACGUCCAACAUCAACAGCCUCUGCAAUGGCUUCAGCAAAAGCGGCUGCUAUAGUAGCUUUGAAUGAAGUAGCAUCUAGUGAUAGACGUCGACGUCGUUGGGAUCAAACAGCGUCUCAGGAUGAAUCAGAUCCAAAAGCAAAGAAACCAGCAUAUGAGGACGCUACAACGCCAUCACAAGUGAGAUGGGAAGAAACGCCUGGACGAUCUCUUGGUAGUGAAACGCCUGGUGCUCAUCAACAAUCACGGAUUCAAUGGGAUGCAACACCUGGUCAUGCAACACCUAGUGCCACUUCUGAAAUACUGGGCGCCGAAACACCAGGACGUCCAUCAGCAAAGAAAUCGAAUCGUUGGGAUGAAACUCCACGAACAGAAAGAGAAACUCCGCACACUAGUGGAUGGGCAGAAACACCAAAAACUGAUCGUGGUAUUAAUCUAGAUGAAGAUUAUUUAAUUAAAUCUACUCCAACACCAUCGACAGAUAAACGUCGUUCGAGAUGGGAUGAAACACCAGGGAAUGCAUCAGCCACUCCCUCUGGAACUCCAUCAAGUUUUACACCUGUUGCCAAAGAAAUUGGCGUUCACGCAACUCCAACAAUGGUAAGCGGUUUCACUCCCGGUAUGACACCCAAUUUAAUGACACCAGUGGGUCCAAAAGCAAUGGGUAUGGCUACGCCAACACCUGGUCAGUUGGUUAUGACACCUGAGCAAAUGCAAGCCUAUCGUUGGGAGCGUGAAAUUGAUGAACGUAAUCGUCCAUUAGCCGAUGAAGAAUUGGAUAUGAUGUUUCCUCCUGGUUAUAAAGUGUUGCAACCACCUGCUGGUUACAUUCCACUUCGCACUCCGGCCAGAAAAUUAACAGCUACACCAACACCGAUGUCUGUAUUAAGCGGUUUUCGUUUACAAGCCUCUGAACGUGGUCAAGGCGCACAAUCGAAUCAAUUACAAGAAUAUCAACCAAAAGGAAAUCUACCGCUGUUGAAACCAGACGAUUUACAAUAUUUUGGCAAAUUAUUAGAAGAAAUAGAUGAAGAACAGUUGAGCCCAGAAGAUCAAAAAGAACGAAAAAUUAUGAAAUUAUUAAUAAAAAUUAAAAAUGGUACACCACCAAUGCGAAAAGCAGCAUUAAGACAAAUUACGGAUAAAGCACGUGAAUUCGGUGCCGGCCCGUUGUUCAAUCAAAUAUUACCGUUGCUAAUGUCACCGACAUUAGAAGAUCAGGAAAGACAUCUAUUGGUCAAAGUUAUUGAUCGUAUUUUAUAUAAAUUAGAUGAUUUAGUUCGACCUUAUGUACAUAAAAUACUUGUCGUUAUUGAACCACUGUUAAUUGAUGAAGAUUAUUAUGCACGUGUCGAAGGAAGAGAAAUUAUAUCCAAUUUGGCUAAGGCCGCUGGUUUAGCGACAAUGAUAUCAACGAUGCGUCCCGAUAUUGACAAUUUAGAUGAAUAUGUUCGUAACACAACAGCGCGUGCGUUUGCUGUUGUAGCAUCUGCAUUGGGCAUUCCAGCUUUGUUACCAUUUUUGAAAGCUGUUUGUAAAAGUAAAAAGUCAUGGCAAGCACGACAUACCGGUAUCAAAAUUGUGCAACAAAUUGCUAUAUUAAUGGGAUGUGCUAUACUACCACAUUUAAAAUCAUUAGUGGAAAUUAUUGAACAUGGAUUGGAAGACGAACAACAAAAAGUUCGAACAAUCACGGCUUUGGCUAUAGCGGCCUUAGCUGAAGCAGCAACCCCCUAUGGUAUUGAAUCAUUCGAUACGGUCUUAAAACCAUUAUGGAAAGGUAUUAAACAACAUCGUGGAAAAGGUCUGGCAGCAUUUUUAAAAGCAAUUGGUUAUCUAAUUCCAUUGAUGGAUGCUGAAUACGCCAAUUAUUAUACUCGUGAAGUAAUGUUAAUAUUGAUACGUGAAUUUCAAUCACCUGAUGAAGAAAUGAAAAAAAUUGUUUUAAAAGUUGUUAAACAAUGUUGUGCAACUGAUGGUGUUGAGGCACAAUAUAUCAGAGAAGAUAUUUUA